AUCGGCCACCAAGUCUGAAGCAGUAUGUGGAAAUCACAUAGUACACACUGUAACUAGCGAAACUGUCGGAGGGUGCAGCGGAUUGCAUGCUUUUUCAGCUCUGGAAUGGAGACAAAUACAUCAUUAGGCAUAAUAACAAAAUUGUGUUGACAUAUAUACACUGUAUAUAAGAAUUGGAGGGUGUAUACACAGUGUAUAUUUGACUGUUAACGGAUAUAUACGCAGUGUAUAUAUACUUUGGCGGCAAAGCAGUGUUGGAUUUUUUCUUUCUUAUUUUUUCUUUUCGUUUUUUUUCCAGUCUUUGAAGCGAACGUGCAUAUGGAAAGUCUAAGUGAAGUGAAAAUUUGGGGGAAGGAGAUCUGCGGUCAGAACAAGAGCGAGCUGACGACCUUGAUCGAAGCAUGCCCGGGUUGGAAACAGUGGGAGAUAUGUACAGCCUCAGGGCCUUUGGCUGCAAGGCUGUUUUUUCAUGUUUCAGAAGAUGCAGUGGAAGUUUUUGCUUUUCUGUGGGAACAGCGUCUGUUAGGUUUUCACUCGUGGACUCCAGAAAUUUGCUCAGAGGUAGGAGAAGAAGAUAUUCGCAAGGAGGGCGACAAGAGAGUGCGGCCGAUUUUUUUGAAUUAUGUAAAAAAUUUGCGGAAUGGCGAGGCUGCGGGCAAGUGCAGGAGGGAAAUUGAGGAAAUAGAGAGCGAGCUUAAGAAGUGUACUAAGGAUUUAAAGGCGCGGAAUAGGUUGGUGGACUGGCAUCGGCUGCAGGGGCUGAAGGAGGGUUUGUCUGUGCAAAUUGAAAUUCUGAAGAAAAAAUGGGGGGAAUUCGAGAGGGCUCUGCAGUGUUUGGAGUCUUAUUUGGGCAAUUCUGUGGAGUAUUAUGAUAAUUUCGAUUGCUGUGCCGAGGAGAGGCCUGUUUUUGUGCUGGGAAAUGGCUGGACUUGGGAGCAGCUGUAUAAUAUUCUUGUCAGGGAGUGCAGCCGUCUCGAGUCGGCCUUGCCUAUGUAUUCGAGCAGAAGGGAGAUUAUUAAUCAUGUUCAUUUGCAGCAGGUAAUGGUACUAAUCGGUGAAACUGGUUCUGGGAAAAGUACCCAACUAGUGCAGUUUCUUGCAGACUCAGGGUUUACCCUGAAUGGUUCUUUGGUAUGCACGCAACCCAGAAAAGUUGCUGCAAUGUCUCUAACACAACGUGUUGCAGGCGAAUGCAGAGGAUGCUAUGAAGACACAUGCUCUGUUUCUUGUUGCACUGCAUAUGUACCACAAGAAAGACCCUUAUCCAAGAUUACGUAUAUGACUGAUCACAGGCUACUUCAAGUAUGUAUGUUGGACACAGAGUUGACACACAUUAGCUGUAUUAUAGUAGAUGAAGCUCAUGAGCGCAGCUUAAGUACGGACCUGCUUUUGGCACUGCUCAAAAGAUGCUUGUUAAAAAGACCAGACUUGAGACUAAUCAUAAUGUCUGCAACAGCAGAUGCGAAGACAUUAUCAGAUUUUUUUUGUGGUUGUGUAAUUUUUCAUGUUCCAGGAAGGAAUUUUCCUGUAGACAUUAAGUAUGUUGCAAAUGAGGCAGAAGCCUCGGAAAGCUCUACUAUAAAAUAUGGCCGAUUAAAUAUUCCUUCAUAUGUCACUCAGAUGAUAAGGAUAAUUGCUGAUAUACAUGCAAAAGAAGAUAAGGGAGCAAUUCUGGCUUUUUUAACUUCUCAGUUUGAAGUAGAGUGGGCUCGAGAUCAGUUUCAGAAACCCUCAGCAAUGACAUUUGCAUUGCAUGGAAAACUCUCAAUUGAAGAGCAAAAUAGUGUAUUUGAGGAUGCACCUUUAGGAAAAAGAAAAGUUAUUUUUGCAACAAACAUAGCAGAGACAUCUCUAACAAUACCUGGUGUUAGAUUUGUUGUGGACUCUGGCAUGGUGAAAGAGAGCAGGUUUGACCCUAAAACGGGUAUGAAUGUCCUGAGGGUGUGUCAAAUUAGUCAAAGUGCAGCCACUCAACGGUCUGGUCGUGCUGGGCGCACUCAACCUGGAGUGUGCUACCGCCUCUACACAAAAGAGGAGUUUAGUGCUAUGGCAUCCUAUAGAGAUCCAGAAAUCUUGCGAGUUCAUGUUGGCAUUGCUAUUCUCAAGCUUCUAGCUUUGGGUAUCCAGGACCUGGAAUCUUUUGAUUUUGUUCAAGCCCCAAGUCAGGACGCUAUUGACAUGGCUGUAAAGAAUUUAUUCCACCUAGGUGCAGUGAACUUUUGCCAGGGGCAUUUAAAAUUGACUGAAUUGGGUUUGAACAUUGUAAAACUGGGAGUAGAACCUCGAUUAGGGAAGAUUAUCAUAGAGAGUUUUUCUCAGGGUUUGGGUAGAGAAGGCCUUGUUCUGGCUGCUGUGAUGGCAAAUGCAAGUAGUAUCUUUUGCAGGGUUGGUACAGAAGCAGAAAAAUCGAAGUCUGAUCGUCUGAAACUCCGCUUCUGUCAUCCAGAUGGAGAUCUUUUUACUUUCCUCGCUGUUUACAAGGCAUGGGAGAAUGAACCCCCAGGAAGGAGAAAUAGAUGGUGCUGGGAAAACAGUAUCAAUGCUAAGACCAUGAUGCGGUGUAAAGAUGCUAUAACAGAAAUGGAAUUGUGUCUUAAGCAUGAGAUGAAUAUAAUUAUUCAAAGGCACUGGGCUUGGUCACCAUUUGUUUCUAACCAAUAUGGAAUAGUGUUGAGGAGAAUUAUUCUGUCCUCAAUGGUGGAAAACAUAGCCAUGUUUUCAGGGUAUGAUCGUCUAGGCUAUGACAUAGCUGCUACAGGACAGCAAGCAUAUCUUCAUCCUUCAUGCUCACUGUUAGUUUUUGGUAGCAAACCUACCUGGGUUGUCUUUGGUGAAGUCUUGUGUACGACAAGGCAGUUUUUGGUUUGUGUGACAGUUGUAGAGGAGGACUGGAUUUCUACAAUACAACCUCUUCCUUCAUAUGAUAUUUUUCUAUUGAAAAAACUUACAAUGCAGAAGAAAGUAAUUACUGGCCUUGGAAGAUGUCUUUUAAAGAGAUUCAGUGGGAAGGCAAAUUGCAAUCUACAUUCGCUUGUUGAUCACAUUCAGCAAAGAUGCAACAGCCAUAGGUUGGGCAUAGAAAUUGAUCAUGAUAAACAAGAAAUACAACUUUUUGCUGUGGCAGAGAAAAUGGGUCAGGCAUAUGGGUUGCUGGAAAAUGUGUUGAAAAGUGAACGGAGGUGGAUGCAUAAUGACUGCAUGGAAAAGUCUUUAUUCUUUGCACCUCGUGGAAAGUACUCUCCUUUGGCACUUUUUGGUGCUGGUGCAGAAAUAAAGCAUCUUGAAAUGGAGGAUAAAUACUUGAGUGUUGAGGUUUGUCAUCCAAAUGUACAAGUUCUUGAUGAUAGAGAACUAUUAUUAUUGUUUGAAAAUUUAACUGGUGGCAUAGCUGGUUUCCAAAAGCACACAGGGGCAGGGAAAGAAGGAUUAGGUAUUGAAAAGUGGGGUAUAAUAACAUUUUUUAACCCUGAAGCAGCUCAGAAAGCAGUCCUCUAUGGUAAUAAUUUGGAGCUAGUAGCUUCUUCCUUAACUGUCUCUCCUUUCAACAUGACUCCUAUAAUGGAUCAUAAGAGACCUGGAUUUCCAGCUGUCAAAGCAACACUUACAUGGCCUCGACGGCAGAGUAAGGGAAUGGCUGUCAUUCGAUGUGAACGUGAAGAUGUUGAUCGAAUUGCAUAUGCCUGCUCUGGUAUGGUCAUAGGAAGAUCUCUUGUGCAGUGUAGACGUGGGAAAACAGAUGGAUCUGUUUUUAUGACUGGUCUAGACACAGAGGUCACUGAAAGCCAAGUAUUGCAGGCCUUGCUACGUGUCACUGAUCGCAAAAUUGUGGAUGUUGGUCUUAUUCGACAGCAUGCUAGCCCACAGCCUUCAAGUGCUAGCUGUGAGACAGCUUUGUUACAAGAGCUCAUAAAGUUUGUACCUCAAGAGAAGUGCCAGGUGACUGUACACAAUUCAGAUCCAAAAGAUUUCACUACUCGUGCCCUAGUUACGUUUGAUGGCAGCAUACAUCUGAGAGCAGCAAUGGCAUUGUCUCAACUUCAAGGAAAAGUUCUCACUGUUUGUAUGCCUUGGCAAAAGAUAACUUGUGAACAAAAAUUUCACAGCACUAUUCUUUGCCCUGCUCCAAUUUAUUCUGUUCUAAAAAUGGAAUUACUGAGCCUGAUUGAGUCUUCUCAAAAGGAAAAUACAGGGUUGAAGAUAAUCUUGAACAAGUCUGAGUAUGGAUGCUACAAGUUGAAAAUAUCAUCAAACACAAUGAAAGCUGUUGUAAAAUGCAGAUCUUCUUUGGAAGAACUACUAAAAGGAACUGUUGUAACGGAUGAUAGGCUGGAUCCUGCAGCUAUACAACUGCUUUUUACUCGAGAAGGGAUCCAGCUUCUAAGAUCUUUGGAACAGAAGACUAAUAAGACUUACAUUUUAUUUGAAAGGCGCAGUCUUAGCAUCAAAAUUUUUGGUCCAUCUGACAAGAAUGAGAAAACCGCCACAGAUCUCAUAGAUGGUUUAAAGCUACUUCUUGAAAACAAACACCAUGAGAUAUCCCUUAGAGGGGAAGGGGUGCCACAUGGAUUGAUGAAGGAGACUGUUGAAAGGUUCGGGGUAGAUUUAUCUGGACUUAAAAGACUGAUUCCUGAAGCAGAAUUUACCCUUGACACAAGGCGCCAUGUUUUGUCUGUACAAGGUAGCAGGGAGGCAAAAACUAAAGCUGGGUGUGUCAUCACUGAAACUGCAAAUAGUUUAAAGGGAACUACGAAUAAGAUGCUAAAAGAAGUUGAGGAAAGGGAAAAUGAUUGCCCUAUUUGCUUCUGUGAUAUUGAAGACUGUUAUAGACUUGAAGGAUGUGGGCAUGCCUUUUGCAGGUCAUGCUUGGUUGACCAAUGUAACUCAGCCCUGCGCCAUCAUGAGGGAUUUCCAAUUACUUGUGCAUGUGAAAAUUGUGACUCAUUGUUUUUAAUUUGUGAUCUAAGAUCUUUGCUUUCGUUUGAACAAUUGGAUGAUUUAUUUCGAUCUUCACUUGGGGCAUUUGUAGCUUCCAGUAAAGGUACCUACAGGUUCUGCACCACUCCAGAUUGCCCAUCUGUAUAUGAGGUAUCCAGUUCUGGAAAACUCUUUGUUUGUGGAAAUUGUUCAGUAGAGUUGUGUACCAGCUGUCAUUUAGAAUAUCAUCCAUAUUUGUCAUGUGAGAAGUAUAAAGAAUUUAAACAAGACCCGGAUGCUUCUCUCAAAGAAUGGUGCGAAGGCAAAGCAGAUGUCAAAAGGUGUUCUUCCUGUGGUUUCAUAAUUGAGAAAACUGAAGGUUGUAAUCAUAUCAAUUGUAAGUGUGGCAAACAUAUUUGUUGGGUAUGUCUAGAAUCAUUUGAUAGCAGUGAAGGCUGUUAUAACCAUUUGCGUUCUGUACAUGGUGGGUAUUUAUAAGCCCUUUGAAUCGAAAGUACACAUAAAAUGUAAGCUCUCUCUUUUUCCUCUAUAUGAUAUAUCAUGUUCACACAAAAACACAAAUGAUGACUAUGAUAGCCAAGUCUUUCACAGUUUCA